CCACCCCCUUCCUGCCAGCUUGAUUGGACUGGGUGAAGCAGAGGAAAAUCUAAUCGUCCCCUGUGGUGUCCCAUCAGCAGCGAGACGUGCAUCUGCCAAGCCAGGGUCUGCUGAGUGACCACUGUUCCUUUUGGGCACGCGUGACCUGCACGCUGCCAACCACGAUAUUGCAAAUAUGCACGACGAAAAUACAGAUGUAACAAAUGGAUGUGGCAAAAUCCGAACUGGUACUCAGAAUGAGGCUGCCUUACUAGCUUUGAUGGAAAAGACUGGCUACAGCAUGGUUCAAGAAAAUGGACAAAGAAAAUUUGGUGGUCCUCCACCAGGUUGGGAAGGUCCUCCCCCACCUCGUGGCUGUGAAGUUUUUGUGGGAAAGAUUCCUCGUGAUAUGUAUGAAGAUGAAUUAGUCCCUGUUUUUGAGAGAGCUGGGAAGAUUUAUGAAUUCAGACUGAUGAUGGAAUUUAGUGGCGAGAAUCGAGGAUAUGCCUUUGUGAUGUACACAACUAAAGAAGAAGCCCAGCUGGCCAUCAGGAUCCUUAAUAAUUAUGAAAUUCGUCCAGGAAAAUUUAUUGGUGUCUGUGUAAGCUUAGACAACUGCAGAUUAUUUAUUGGAGCUAUUCCAAAAGAGAAAAAGAAAGAAGAAAUCUUGGAUGAAAUGAAGAAAGUUACAGAAGGAGUGGUUGAUGUUAUUGUUUAUCCAAGUGCUACUGACAAAACUAAAAAUCGUGGCUUUGCCUUUGUAGAAUAUGAGUCUCACAGAGCUGCUGCUAUGGCUAGAAGAAAACUAAUUCCAGGAACAUUCCAGCUAUGGGGACAUACUAUUCAAGUAGACUGGGCAGACCCAGAGAAAGAAGUUGAUGAAGAAACAAUGCAGAGGGUUAAAGUAUUGUAUGUAAGAAACUUAAUGAUCUCUACUACAGAGGAUGCAAUUAAGGCUGAAUUUAACAAAUUCAAGCCAGGAGCAGUUGAACGUGUAAAGAAACUGAGAGACUAUGCUUUUGUUCAUUUUUUCAACCGAGAGGAUGCAGUUGCAGCUAUGUCAAUUAUGAAUGGAAAAUGCAUUGAUGGAGCUAGUAUUGAGGUAACACUGGCAAAACCUGUAAACAAAGAAAGCACUUGGAGACAGCAUCUUAAUGGUCAAAUUAGUCCCAAUUCUGAAAAUCUUCUAGUUUUUGCUAACAAGGAAGAUGGUCAUCAAAAAUCGUUAGGAAAACCAGGAAAUCUUUCAGUUCGUCUUAAUGGUCAGCACAGUCCAAGCCCCCCUGAAAUUGAAAGGUGUACUUACCCAUUUUUUCCAGGGACAAAGCUUACUCCAAUUAGCAUGUAUUCUUUAAAAUCCAAUCAUUUCAGUUCUGCAGUAAUGCACUUGGAUUAUUACUGCAACAAAAAUAACUGGGCACCACCAGAAUACUAUUUAUAUUCAACAACAAGUCAGGAUGGAAAAGUACUCUUGGUAUAUAAAAUAGUUAUUCCUACUAUUGCAAAUGGAUCCCAGAGUUAUUUUAUGCCAGACAAACUCUGCACAACCUUAGAAGAUGCAAAGGAAUUGGCAGCCCAGUUUACACUGCUACAUUUGGGUCCUUUCUGAUGAUGCUUGUGCUUACACUACGGCUGUUGGUCUCAUUCCUGUUGGCUAAACAUUUAUUCUCAUUGACUUCAUUAAGUUAAUGCUUGCCAAAAAAUUGAGGUAUAGCAUUUACAGAAUUAUCAGGAUACUGCAGUGCAGACCUUAACCUUCACCUUAAACUGACUUUAUUUGCAAUUCACUCUGGAGAUAGUGUACAGUGCUUUUUGGAAGCCAGAAGGUCUCCUUUUUUCUAGAAUCAACUGCGCACCUUGUUUGGCUUGAACUACCAUGAAGAGCGUAGCUGCAUGUUUGAAAAGUUCAGAAUUUAUUAUUUUGGAGAAAAGGAUAACACUGUAUGGUGUAUGAGAAUUACUGGAAAAUAAAAUAUGUGUUUUUAUUGGGAAACAACAAUUCUACAGAUAACAUCUCUGUAUUUUAAAUGGUUUACUUUAAAGAUUAGUGAAAUUUAUUACGUUUUAUUUGUCUUUUAGCUGAUGUUUGAUUAAUAUAGUUUUUGUUUUAAAGAGAUGAUUUAUUUAAAAUUGUAUUUACCAGUAAUACUUUAAAUUGGUAAGUAAACUAGACGUUUAUAAAAGGUUUGGAGUAAUAUGUAAAUCGGAUAUUGGCAAAGUAAUCUAGUUAGAAUACCUCACCCUCCACAUUUCUGUAGUUUUAGAGAAGAUUCUAUCAGUUUGUCUUGUAAAUAAUAAAUCUUAGAAAAAAGCAAAAAUGAACUGGCUACACCUCUUCUUUCAUAGAUGAAAUCCCUGUAUUUCAGUACGAGAUCUAAUUUGGAAGAAAAUUAAUAUCUUGUGGUAGCAAGAUAAAUCAGAGAUUUGUUUCUGCAAAGGUAGAAAGAUGCAAAACAAAAUUGUUAAUGGAAAGAUACCUUUCCAGUCAAAUCUGUGGUAUCUGUGUUGGUAUACAAGUAUAUCAGUGAAGUAUUUUUGUGUCACAUACUGGUAAAACAGGAUUUGCAAUGCGACAGAUCGGCAUAGUCUCCAUUGCUAUCAUCAAAAUAUUGAGGUUUGAAACAUGUUAGAAAAUUAUUUUUUGUGUAGUAGUCCAUUUUGUCUCUUUGAAUUAAAUUUGUAUCUAUAGACUUACAUGCAAAGUAACUAUUCAUGUAUUUAUUUACAGACUACAAUUUUCGUCGCAGCUCAGUAAAUAGCAUUUCCCCUGCUAGUGCCACUCUCUCUUCUGGGACACCCAGCAUGCUUCCAUACACAUCAAAGCCUUAUUUUUAUCCAAGCUACCCCUUAUUACCAACAAUUCUGCUUGCUAAUGGCAGCCAUGUUGGACAGCGAGUAUAUAUCUCUAAUGAGGCCUCAUUCUUUUGAAGAAAAAGUUGUACAGCAUUAAUAUGAAAGUUGUCAUUUUUAGUUUUUAAUUGGGUCUACACUAUUAAUUUUCGUGAGUAAAAUAUAUUUAUUUCCAUAUAGGGAACUUUUCACAUUUCAGUAAAUAUAAGCAUUUGUCAAAAGAUAAAGUUCAAAAACGUUACUUUUCUUGGCCUGAGUACUGUAGAUUGAUGUUCUUUUAUCUGUUUAUGGUUCCUGGUCAAAGUGUGGGCAGUAGAACCCAGUGGCUUAUGUUAAGAAUUUUUCUAAUAAUUACUUUGCUGAAUAGUAUCUCUUUAAUUUAAUCUGUGCAAAUAUUGGUUGUAAUCUUGUUACCAAGGAUCGCUUUUAUGUUGAAGAUUAGUAGUUAUUUAGCCAGAAGGCAACUAUUAUGUGGCCGGAAAAUGAUGCAAAAGGAAGAUUUUAAGACACUUUUUUUUUAAAAAUUUAAAGAAAUAUAAUUUACUAUUGUGGUCCUUUGCAUAGUUUUAGUAAUAGAGUAAAUUAUCUUACUUUUUGUGCUGUUAAUUUAUUCAGAGUUAAAAUUGUUAAGCUUCAUCUGUGUUUUGGUAUUACCUGUAUAGUAGUUCUGUUUUA